AUGGGGAGCAAGAAAGACGGGAAAGUCAAAGAACCAAAAGUAAAAGAUUCAUCUAAAACCAAAGAACCAAAAGUAGCAAAAGAAUCAAAAGAAUCAAAAGAAUCAAAACCUAAAUCAACAGAUGAAUCAACAGAAGAUAAUUAUGAAAAAAGAAUGUCAGCAAUAUUACCAUUUGCAAAACCAUUAGCAUCCAAAAAAUUAAAUAAAAAAAUCUUAAAAACAAUUAAAAGAGCAUCAAAAGCAAAACAUGUGAAAAGAGGAGUUAAAGAAGUUGUAAAAGCUUUAAGAAAAGGUGAAAAAGGUUUAGUUAUUAUUGCAGGUGAUAUUAGUCCUGCUGAUGUUAUAUCUCAUAUUCCUGUAUUAUGUGAAGAUAAUGGAGUUUCAUAUAUUUUUAUACCAUCAAAAGAAGAUUUGGGAAGUGCUGGUGCUACUAAAAGACCAACUUCUUGUGUCAUGAUUGUACCAGGAGGUGGGAAAAAUAAGAAAAAUGCUGAUAAAGUUGAUGAAUAUAGGGAAGGUUAUGAUGAAAUUGUAACUGAAAUAAGUAUAACUGAUUAG